GCAGCGUUCGUGAAGACACGACUAUUCGUCUAGUAAAGAGAAAAGCGUCCGUCCAUACAGUAAAUAGGAACAGGCAGCAUCCAGUCAACGACAGAAUGUGAUAUCUAAUAUGUCGGGGAUGAGUGUGAAACACACUAAUAAUUCCCUCUGGAGAUGACGCAGGCUGGAGAUUAUGUUGUCUUGGUAACGCGUCAACGGAAUCCGGGAAUGGCGAGUUUACUGGGAGAAACUCUGUUUGAGAUCAGUGGACAAGGUCCUGCUCCAAUAAAGGACUAUUUCCACUUUGCAAUAACAAAAUCUCAGGUAAUUUGGAGCUGGUGGAAGAUAUCUUUGAGAUCAGACUGCAGGAACACACCACCAGGACAACUGACAGAAUCACAUGAAGACUUUUUAGAAGACAAUCGUCUGCAAAAUCAAGUGGGCAUGGUAUUUGGUCCUCACAUCUUGCAGUACUCCCAAAAUAUAUGCCAGGGACACUAUGAUUACAUUGUCCGUCUCCCCAAUGCUUUACUUUUCAACAUCAUGGCACAUCUGGACCUUGAAGACAUUUCAGUCCUUUCACGCACCUGCCGUAGGUUUAAAGAGCUUUGUAACUCUGAGGAGUUCUGGGAUCUCUUUACCUGCCUCAUCAUAGCAACAGUGCGGAACAACCAGCAGCUGCAUCAGAACCCUCGCUACAUCCUAUUGUGUCAGCACUGCAUCUGUGUGACCGGCUUCAACAUUAUGGGCGCAGUUGUACACGCUCUUCGCAGCCUACGUUGGCCAGUCUCUCGAAUCACCUGUUGGAUCCUCUUCGACCUGCAGGUGGUGAUGGCACGAGGUUUGAUGAUCACCCUCACACUGAUGUCCAUCAGCACUUGUCUGUCCAUUUGCAUGCCACUCCGCUACCCCAUUCUGGUCCAACGCUUCUACCGCUGGGUCGCAUUUGUGGCUUGCAUUCUCUCCCUACUCAACCCCGUGGUGUUCACCAUCCGAGCCUGUGUGAGCUUUCCGUGGGACUACAUGGUCGGGCUGGACACAGAGUGCUCCACAGCUUUGGAGGGCACUGCAUGCAUCGCCAGCGCUUUAGUAUUGCUGUUAUUGCUGGUGCUGCUUAUUAUCAUAAGCUACGUGGCGAUUUACCUGGAAGGCAGACGUGCUGGCCAUUUCACACGAUCCAACAGUAAAGGCCGCCGCACCAUUCUCAUCCACAGCCUGCAGAUGAGCCUGCACAUUCUUCCCUCUCUCAUCAUCAUUUCCCGGCAUCAGGAGGCGCUCCCCAUAGCAGUGUCGAUUUUUAUCCUCUUCAGUUUUGCACAGUCCCUGAGCCCUGUGGUGUUUGGCCUGCGCUGCAAAGAGCUCUACAAGGAUAUGCCACAAUUUCUGCCUUGCUUCUGGGGAAACUGUGGCAGCUGUGGUCACAUUGGGAGCAAUAUCAAAAAUGACUAA